AUGGGGCAGGAGUCCAUGUCAUUGCCGGAAGCUCCCGGGAACUGUCAUAACGUUACGCCUCGUCGACAGAGGAGAUUUGCAACCAAGGUACGGACUGGAUGCAUCACAUGCAGAAUUCGACGAAUCAAGUGUGAUGAGGUCAAGCCGUGUUGUCAUCGCUGCACCUCGACAGGACGCAAAUGUGAUGGAUAUGCUAUUCUUGGACCUGCUACACGCAAGCCACAAUCGCCACUGGCUCAGCCGACACCAGGAGGAAAUCCUGAAGAGAGGCAGGCCUUAUACCUGUUUAGAACCAAGGUUGCCAUGUCGAUUGCGUCUUCCCUUGAUUUUGGAUUCUGGACCCACGAUCUCUUACAAACGGCUGAGGCGUACCGAACUGUUCAGCACGCUGUUGUUGCGCUGGCCACCGCUUACCGCUCAUCAAUCCUCUCUGAGCAUGGAUCCCGAACACAGGAGAGGCAGUUUAUCCUGACUCAGUAUAACAAAUCGAUCACCUCGUUACAACAUUGCCUGAGUAACCAGGAACUCCUCACCAGAGACCAGCAAGUUAUCAUUUUGAUGGUUAAUCUUGUAUUCAUCUGCAUAUGCGCCGUUCAAGGGUUCCAAGAAGAAGCAUGCGUUCAUCUUCGUAACGGGCUGUCGUUAUUCCAUGAAUGGCAGCUUGGUGCCAGAGAGGGCAGUACGCAAGGCUCGACGCCAACCCCUGUAAAGCUCCUGGCGACUCUUUACACUCAGCUGGACACACAAGCUCGCAUGAUAAUGGAAUCCAGUUAUCCACAUAAGAUAAGACUGUGGCCUCCGCACUCCGUUGUGCUUGAUGGCUGGGGUAGUGGACACCUUGCAACUAUUACGAAGGCUACCAGCCAGCUUGAGAGACUGCACAAUGCAUGCAUUCAGUUGGCAACACCACCAGGGCCACCAGAGCACGAAAGCACCUGCCUCCAUCAGCAUAUGCCAUUGUAUCACCACCUGAAAACCUGGGAUCUUGAUUUUGGUCCACUUUUAUCCCAAGGAGGCACCGCCAUCAAGUAUCUGCAGAUCCGAAGACUCCUGACUGGGGCAAACUUUGAGCUUUGGCGCAGCAAUACAAGCAAAGCACCGGAGCCUAGCCCGACCUGGGCCAGCAAGAUUCUGGAGCUAGUCAAUGAGAUCAUGCAGGAUUCGAGAUUCUUAGAGGCAAGGGUGGUAUUCACCCCUGCUGGAGGUUUGGUCGAGGCUCUUUACUUUGUGGCCACGAGAUGCCAUGACACCCGAGUUAAGAGGGUUGCCAUUGAAAUUUUGGAGAGACGUCCCAUACUUGAGGGGCUAUGGAACAGCUCAAUGGCAUAUGCAGCUCUAAAUAAUCAUCAUGCAACAUGA